AUGGCGUCUAGGACUCGAGGCGGAAUUCGCCAGGACAAUAGAGCAUACCGAGAACGCAAAAACGAGAUGCGAAAUUGCUGCUGUUUCGGCAUUAAUUUUUUCCGUGAUUGCAAAUAUUUCCUCGCCAUGUCAGAAUCAACGGUCCACAAUGACUACAUUUGGAAGAGACCAGAGACCUUAUCUCCAGCUGUGGCUAAAAAAUGCUCUUACACUCCCUCAGAUCUUGUUUCCAUAAUCCACAAUUGGAAGGUGCCAGUGGCUUCAUUUUCCCGAAUCAAUGUUGCAAUGCAUGGCUUGUGCAUACUGGUUAGGCUAUCUCAUGCAAUACAUGCAUGGAGUGCAGAAGCGUUUAUUGCGUGUAAGCCUUGCAGCAAAGGUUUGCAAGAGGGGUCGGAGACUCAAAGGGGUCUCCGAUCUGGGUUUCGCAACCGCAGCGAUAAGAAAAGAGGAGGACGCAAAACGAUGGAGUCAUUUUGCGUUGAACCGUUUGCGUUGCGUUUUUUCUGA